AUGCCUCCUCGUGUGAAGAAGAUGCGUCAAUCCGUCGAAGCACCGGUGGCAACGAUAUCACAAACCGAGCAUGAACAGCAUGAAGAAGCGCAUACACCAGAGCAAAGCCCAGGGAGGCGAACAGCCAGUAUAACAGCAGCGCAGAAGCAAGCCCUCAUCGACAACCUUCAGCUCGAGAUCACGGAACGCGCUCGAAAACUGCGCGCCCAAUAUGCGCUUCAAGCCCAAGGCUUACGAGCUCGACUGGAGAUGCGCGUGAACCGGAUCCCGACGGCCCUGAGGAAGCGGAAUAUGCAGGAUUUGCUGGACGAGCAUGCGGAGAAGGCACGGCCGGCUCCGGCUCCGCCUGUGCCUGCUAAGGAUACUCCGAGGGAGGUGAGGGGGAUGCCUGUGGCGCCUGUGUCUGGACGGGGGAUGAAGAGGAUGAGUGACCAGAUUGCUCGAAAUGAAGGAGAUGACAAGGAGAACGCGCCUACGAGUGAGCUGGACCACGAAUUACCGAAUCCAAAGAAGCGUGCGAAGACGAAUACCGCCAACACGAAAGCUACGCGCACCGUCUCUCGGAAAGCAGUCCCAGCCAACGUCCUCUCGCCACGAUCACAUAACUCUCGAACACUGCCGAAAUCACCUUUCAAGGCUGUAGUGACAUCGCCUUUCAAAUCACACAUGUCACCAGUCAAGCCAGUCUACCUAGGAGUGCCGCCCUCGGCUGCAUCUUCCCGCGCACCAAGCCGUCAACAGACUAAGCGUCCUGCAACGGUCAUGAGUAGCGAUGUGGAAGGUCGAAGUAGCGAGGCGAGUAACACUUCCGCCGGUACGACCAUCAUCCACAAAGCUGCUGCUAAGGGUCGAGCGGUGGUCAAGAAACCUGUUGCAGUGGCUAAGAGUGCUGUGGCGAGUGCGACGGGUGGCAAGAAAGGUGGGAGGAAGGCGGUGGCAGAAGUGCCUGUAGCCGCGACGAGUAGUGGGAGGACGCUAAGGAGACGAGGGUGA